GCUGGUUCACCUGGCCAUUAUCCACUGCGUCCCAGCUGUGGCACUCUGCUGCAUCGCUCAGCUGCCCCGGGAGGUGCUGGAGAUCCAAAAUGAUCUUUUCCAGACCCCGCUCCACCUCGCCGUGUACCUGGAGCAGCCCAGCGUGAUCCAGGCACUGAUCCACAAGGGAGUGAACCUGGAGCUGCAGGACCGCAAUGGCAACACCCCGCUGCACCUAGCCUGCGAGCAGCAGCACCUGCGGUGUGCCCAGCAGCUGCUGCAGGGCACAGCCCCGCCGGAGGGCACAGCCCAGCCCCAUGAGCACCACCAGGACCUGCAGCUCCAGAACUGGCAAGGCUUGGCCUGUCUGCACAUCAGCACCUUGAAGGGGAACAUCCCGAUGAUGUCUCUGCUGCUGGAGAGCGGCGCCAACAUUGAUGUUCAGGAGGGCACAAGCGGGAAGACCCCAUUGCACCUGGCCGUGGAGUGCCACAACCGCAGGGCUGUCCAGUUCCUGCUGCGCAAUGGGGCGUACGUGGAUGCCCAGAUGUACAACGGGUGCACCCCACUCCACCUGGCUGUGGGCCGCAAGGAUGCUGCCAUCGCUGCCAUCCUCUCACACUCCGGGGCUGACACCCUACUGAGGAACAUGGAGAACGAGACAGCCCAGGACCUGGCUGACGGCAACGAUGACCUCCUCGCCUUGCUGCCCUUCGAUGACCUGAAGAUCUCAGGGAAGCCUGUUGUGUGCUCUGAAUGAGCGGCUGGACUCCUUUGGCCCGUUGGGCUGCCUCCUCGCUCUGCACUGCUGCCCGCUGGGACCUUGCCUGCCUGCAGUUCAGUGGGAGCAGAGCCACUUUGGGACACUCAUAUUCCCCCCUCCGCUCCUCUUUGGAAAAGUUUUGUUGGCCUCAGGCUGCCUUCCCAGAGGGAAGAAGGUGGCACUAUGAGCACUACACACGGGAGGCUUUUCUUUUAGUAUUUGUGCCCAGCAGCAGGACUGAAUUUCCCCUCCCUGCUAUGGGUCUGACUUGUGGGGGUCUCCAGCUUACACAGAGAAGGAGCAGGAGAGGACUCCUUUUCACACUGUACGGUGGACAGAGCAUCCUCUGGAACUCCCACAUGCCAUCAGAAUAAGCGUGGGGUGAGGAGAGUUAACACUCACUCUAAUAAACAUUUGUUCUUGC